UAAAUAUAUUCCUUAGUAGCUAGCUUCGCUUCAAUUAUCCAUCCUCUGAUAAUAUCCUUCUCAAAAUCAAGUUCAUUCAUGUGCGUACAGCAGCUCGAUCUCAGUCACCCUCUGUUCUCCUCUGGUCGCUAUUAACUACAUCCAACGCACAAUGAAUCCUGAGAAAUCCAAGAAAACCGUUGUUUCGGUCGGACCGUUUGGAUCAUUGACAGAGCGAGGAAAUCCCUUUGAUGAUGGAAUACACUCAGCAGUGAAAGGUUUGGCGAUAGCUUAUUUGGAAGGGGAAAUAAUUAGCAACAUCAGGUUUGAAUAUGACGACGACGGAAUCUCAGUUUGGUCAGACAAGCAUGGUGAAGGAAAGACCGUUAUGGAACUCUUUUCAGGGCUCAUGUUUAGAAAAGAAAGCAUUAUAUUCAAUUAUCCAGACGAAUUUUUAACUGCAGUUCAUGGACGGUAUACUGAAGACUUGUUCGGGAGCGGUGCCGUCACCUCACUUACUUUUAAGACCAACAGAAAUACUUACGGACCCUUUGGUUGGACGUCUCAAAAUCACAAACUGGUGAAACACUCCAGCUGUUUCUCAAUUCAUGUGCCUGGAAAUAAGAUUGUUGGCUUUCAUGGCAGAUCAAAGAGUAAGUGGUCGGGUGGUAUUUAUUCAAUAGGAGCCUACGUAAAGCCUUAUCAUCAACAAAUUGAUUACCCUCAAAACCAGAAACAUUACACAGUUAAAGAUAUUCAAGUUAGCAGAAACACGGGAAACCACAACGGAGAUUUCCAUCUGGGCGACACGUAUAACUAUUACAUCGAAGAAGCACGCAUCGGGUCCAAAUUAUCUCAAUCAAGCAAAAGCUGUCAAAAUCCUGAAGAAUCCAAGAAAACCGUCGUUUCAGUCGGACCGUUUGGAUCAUCGACGUUGGGAGGAAAACCCUUUAAUGAUGGAAUACACUCAGCAGUGAAAGGUUUGGCGAUAGAAUAUUUGGAAGGGAACACAAUUGUUAACGUCCGGUUUGAAUAUGACGACGGCGGAAUCUCAGUUUGGUCAGACAAGCAUGGUGAAGUAAAGAUCACUUUGGAUCUCUUGUCAGGGCUCUCCGAAGUGCUCUCCGGCAAAAACAAAGUCAGAAGAGAAAUAGACAAAGUCAGAAGAGAAACAAUUAGAUUCAAUUAUCCAGACGAAUUUUUAACUGCAGUUCAUGGACGGUAUUGUGACAACUUGUUGGGUGCCGUAUGCGUCGUCAACUCACUUACUUUUAAGACCAAUAGAAAUACUUACGGACCCUUUGGUUGGACGUCUCAAAAUGAAAAACUGAUCAACUUAUUCCCUUGUUUCUCAAUUCAUAUGCCUGGAAGUGAGAUUGUUGGCUUUCAUGGCAGAUCAGGCCGGAGUAAGUGGUUGGGUGGUAUUUAUUCAAUAGGAGCCUAUGUAAAGCCUUAUCAUCAACAAAUUGAAUAUGCUCCGUCAAAAGCUCUGAUCCUUUAUCCAUCAGAACCUCCACGUAUACCUGAAUUUCUUUCUCAAACCAAGCUCAAUAAAGAUGACAGACCUCAAAACCAUAAACAUUAUGCAGUUUCAAAUAUUCAAGUUAGCAGAAAUGAGGGAGAUCACAACGGAGCUUUCCAUUUGGGCGACAUAUUUGCAAACUGUUAUGUCAACCAAACAAGAGUCUUCAAUCCAGAUAAAGUAGGGCUAGAUAAAGAUCUCGGUUACGCCUUGAGAUGACACCUUCUAGCAGCUAGAGAGACUCUCCCUUGGUGCAUCCUGGCAAACAACAAGAUGAUCCAAGUUAUUAAAUUCUACUCUUUUCGACCCAAAAAAAAAAAAAAUUAGAAAAUAUGGUGUCCCUUAAUGCGGACCCUAUAUAUAUAAAAGUGCUACAAGAAUAAACAAUGCAAUGAAACUCUUGAUGUAAACCCUUGAGGAGUAGUGGUGGUUCUCUAUUGAGAACUAUUUAUCUCCAUAGUAUUGUAAUCUUUUUCAAGAUUAAUAAAGUUAUCAUAUUUU